AUGGUGCUCACGCUCGUGUGCACUGAGCGUGAUGAACGUCGAUAUACACCUCACCACCUACGGGGACGGUCCAACCGUUAUAUCUUGCGGGACAGCCUUAUACACAAGCAGACGCAGGCGGAGAUCAACACCUCGCAAGCUGUCCCUGAUGCAGAGGGGAAGUCAUCGCCAAGUAUCUUGCGAGCGUUGGGAAACUCCAAGCUUAUUCGGCUCUGCCAGGGUAUUCCUGUCGGUGUGGCUGCUUCAAAGGCGCGCGCCUUCGCCUUCAGAAGCGUGACCUGCUUGUCAAAAACACUCCCGACGAUCCCCGGCGACACCGGGCCUCGAACGUCACCAGCGUUACCUAUAUCCCGCCUUGAUCGCGACGCCCAAGCUCUCUCGCCUUUCCUCCAUAUCAUCCGCGCUAUCAUCUCGCCCUUUCUGUUCAGCAUGAGCCUCACGACCGCACCAGCCAAUUACAAGUAUGGGCGGACGGCGAAGGAUCACAGUCGCCAUUGGAUGUGCGUCAAGGUCACGGCAGACUCGAGACUCGGCCGACUGCCCGAUCUUCUCUCCUCACUCGACGACGCCGACACGAGAGUCGCCUUUGCUGGCGCCAUAAGCAAUGCAGUCGUCUGGGACGAAUGCAAGGCUGUCGGACGGCUCCAGUUUCGCGAGGCCGUUGUGUGGAUCUGCUUCUUGAAGAAGGUUCCCGCCCGCAUGGCAGAGGACAUCGCGAGCAACAUCGCCAGCCUCCCUUUCCUUACCUUCCUCGCCAUUCACUCGGACAUCCCGUUCAAGUCAGUCGAAGACGCCGAGCUCAUCCUUGGCUUCGUGGGAUGGAUGGAGCUCUAUGGCGGCGGUACGGCAAGGGUUGAGCGCUGGGUACGGGAGAAAUUUGAGCGCUACUUUCCCGCGGCUAUCGAGGGGUGGAGGCAGCACGAGCAACAUGCUCGGGUGCAUACGCUCAUCGCCACUGGUGAACUCAAGUGGCAGACCAAAGCUCCCCCGAUACCUGCGCCUGCCGUUCUCACUCCGAACCCAGUCGCUCAAAGCGCCGCCCCGGUCACAGCAUCCACGUGGACGCCGCCAAACAUCCCACCCGUGCGCGUCGUGCUGACAUCGAGCAAGACCGCCACGAACCGCAACCUUCCGUCCGUUGCUCGCGACACUCGUCCUGUCGAGCUCAAGAACGCCGUCCGUAUGACUCAGCCGCCGGCGAAGAAGAGGAAGAAGGAAGACGAACAUGUCUACACCCGCCUUAUGACAGCAGCCGUCAAGGGCAACAAGCUCCCCAUUACUUGGCCUGGUCAUCGACCUACGUUCACUGAAUGAAGAGCGCCGUCCCCUUGCCUCAUCGUCUUCGUUGCCCAUUGGAGCUGCGCCUUUGAUAUUCUCUCCUUUCGGGCGCGCCUAUUCGUCUGCCUUUCCAUCUUCUCGGCUUCUUCUCCUAAGCAUCUCUCCUCGACACAUUGACGGCUAUUCCUUACGCAAUUUUACUAUCUAUCCUCGAGUCUCUGUACUAUACUUUCUCCUCUUAUGUAUGCAUCGCUGUAGACCGUCUUGAUUUGUACAAAGUCCCUUUACUCGAUAUAAUAUAUUGCAAGACUGCG